UCUCAUGAGACAUGAAUAAAUGAUGAAAUCAAAAACGUCAAAGUCUAAGCCAUGGCACAGAAAUGGCUGCCACCCAUUUCAAGGUGAAUCAUAAAUUAAUAACAGCCCACCGUUUUGCAUAAUACGGUGCCGUAUUUCACAUUUCUAUGCACAUACGAUCAGGUAUUAUUCUCUACAAUAUUACCCCUCUGCUUUUCAUUCUCCAUUCAAAUUCCGAAACUGGGUUUUAUCACUCCUUCACGGUUUCAAUUUAAACCAAGGCAAAAAAAAAAGGGAUUAUUAUGGAUCAUCAAAAUCAGGAAUUAGAAUCUAAAUCAAGAAGCAGCUCUUUCCGUCGAUUGAGUGGGGUCGGUUCUUCGAGAAGGCACUCUUUCGGUUUAUUAACGGCGAAAAAUGAUGAUAAUGAUGAUGAUGUCAUCGAAACCGAAAGUGUUUCCGAAGCAGGGGAUAUUGGAGACAGAGCACUUAACAGUAGCAGGGCUAGUAUAAGCGGCAGGAGUCACUUCUCGUUGGAUAAUGUAGUUCCUAUUCGAGGCGACGAUUCUUUUCACGCAGUUAUUGAAUCUCAAGUGGAAAAAAAUGACGAGAAAGAAGUGCCUUGGCUGUUGGAAUACGUUACUUGUUUGCUUUCUCUUGCCGUAUUUGGAAUUCUAGGGGUUUUAGCUAGAUAUUGCCUUCAAAAACUCUUUGGACCCGGUGUAAUUGGUGCAACAAGUGACCAGAACUACAUGUACCUCGAUCUUCCUUCGAAUAUGGUCGGUUCAUUUUUAAUGGGCUGGUUAGGCGUUGUAUUCAAAGGCGACAUUUCGAAAGUUUCCAAUCAAUUAGCCAUCGGCCUAACGACAGGUUUCCUAGGAAGCCUAACAACUUUCAGCGGUUGGAAUCAAAAGAUGCUCGACCUAAGUGCCAAAGGCGAAUGGGCCUUUGCUGUACUCGGUAUCUUUAUCGGCUUCUUUUUAGUUGCCUUUUCAAUCAUUUUCGGGAUCGAAACUGCCAAGGGGUUCAAAGGGCUUCUCAUAAGAUCAAAUACGAGAGUAAAUUCUCCUCGUGCGUGUGUUUCAGACAAGUCCCACUAUCUCGUUUGUUUUACGUUGAUGCUUGUGAUAAUGCUAGGCUUACUGUGGGGUAUUUUCGGAAUUUUUGAGGUGAAAGAAUUUAGAAACGGUGGCGCUAAACCCCAGUUGUUUCUAGCUUGUCUAGUCGGACCUUUUGGUGUUUGGAUUAGGUUUUUUUUAGCCCGUUUUAACGGACGUGGAUUAGGCAAAAACGGGGCACUAAAAUGGAUGCCGUUCGGGACUCUUGCUGCUAAUGUUCUUGCAGCUUGUGUAAUGGCUGCACUCGCCACACUCAAGAAAGCGGUUAGAACGACGAAUUGUGAAACUGUGGCAUCGGGGGUACAAUUUGGGCUACUCGGGUGUUUAAGUACGGUUUCUACUUUCAUCGCUGAAUUUAAUGCAAUGAGAGAGAGCAAGAAUACAUGGAGGGGUUAUGCUUAUGCAGCAACUACGUUUUUUAUCUCGUUUAUUUUGGGAACGCUUAUAUACUCGGUGCCCGUUUGGGCUAGGGGCUAUGACUAGAAAUUGAUUUUGAGGUGGGAUUUCGUAAUUUGCUUAUUUUCGACUUAUAUAUACAUACAUACAUACAUACAUACAUACAUACAAUGGAAGAUUCAAUUGUUGUAACACAUGUAUUGUUAUCAUGUUGUUUUGGUGCUAUUCAAGUAAGGAAAUGAAAUGUGAAUUGCAAAUGGAAGAAAUUGAUUGAAGACCA